UUUGGUAAUACAAACACUGGUUGUAAUUGUAAAUAGGUAUGUAGUUAACUAAAUACAUAAAGACUGAUAACAAUGUAAUGGAAUUAAAUCUCAACAUCAUUAGCAAGAACUUUCUCUUAACGACGACAUGACGCUCCACUCCAGUGACCACGUACCGGCUGCGUGCGUCUGACGUCACAGAGUUUACUCCAACCUGUCGAUUAUCGUGGUAGAAGCGCGCAUUGUUUAUCAUGUUAUUUUGAUCUGACCGACCUUUCCAAUCCCAUUUAUAAAUACACAGUGGUUAGUUGUAGUUCUGUUAAAGUUUACAUCUAUUUUGUGGGAAAUGUGUGCAAAACCUGAAAUACGUAUAGUGACUUAUAUGUGUCCGACGCAUCCGGUGCAGCUGUAUGAGCUGAUUAUGCAGCUGUUGGAAGAAGCUAUGGGCUGUAAUACCACACUGCAGUAUGAGAGUCGGACUUCAGGUCCUUUCCAAGACCGACCAGACCCGUUUUGGAAUGACAAAGUGGAUUUGGCGUUCAUGACCGCGUCCGCGUAUAUGAAGCUUCGGAAGAACCCAUCCGCUGAGCUUUUGCCUGUGACGCCCGUGUUCGCGCAUCAGAUGAACGUGGACAACAAGCCAGGGUACUUCUCAGACGUCAUCGUACAUAGCGACAAAAAAGCUCAUAACGUGAACAUUCUGCUAGACCUGCGCGGAUGUACGUUUGCUUAUAGCGACGAAGAAUCUCUCAGUGGAAGCAAGAUAGUAUUGAAAACUCUUAAAUCUAAAGGCGAAAAUGCGUCAUUCUUUGGAUCUGUGUUAAAAUCUGGGUCGCACUUGGCGUCAGCUCAAAUGGUGCUUGCUAAACAAGCAGAAUGGGCGGCAGUUGACUCGACGACGCUGCUAUACUCCAAGAAAUACAUGCAGGAUGGUGGCAAAGACAUCAUAUUACUAGAGACCUUAGGACGCUUACCACCAUAUCCUAUAGUAGUUAAUACCAGACUAGAAGCUAAAAUUAAGACUGCUAUUAAUAAUGCUCUGCUCACUCUGUCACAGACUGCUGCAUGGAAACAAAAGUUUGCCAAAUUUGGUGUUAUAAAAUUUGUAAGCAAUAAUGAUGAAAACUACAAUGGGCCGGCUGCACAGGUGUGGGCCGUCCAGGGCGAAAAACUCAAUGUUCGGUAUUAUUAGGAUCCUUCUUGUAAUAUCUCUAGUAUAUGUCAUUUAUAUUCUUUAUGUUGAUUAUACUCCAAAACAGUAAGUAUGUUAUUAGGAGUUAUUUUUUCAUAUUUUUUUAAUAAAAAAGCAAAUAAUUAUAGUCA